GUAUAGAAAGAUCAAUAGAAUAAAGAAAAGACCAUGCCGGCCAUGGGAAAAUUCUUGAGUGGUGAUGACCUCGAAAGAGCAGCCGCCGCCACCACCACCACCACCAACAGCACACCACUGCCGACCGAGCAUCCAACCGCACCUUCAUCCUCCCUCUCCUCCUCAUCCUCAUCAACACACACACUCGACCCGAACACCGAUCCACACCAACCACAGCAACAAUGGACCGUCCGCUCAUUACUCUCCCUCCACUCCCCACCCCAAAAGGGCUACGAGCUCCCGUUCUGGCAUAAAGCCAUCAUUCUCUUCAUCGUGAGCUGGAUGACCCUCGCCGUGACCUUCUCGAGCACGAGUCUCCUCCCCGCGACGCCGGAGAUCGCGGCCGAGUUCGCCACAACCACGGAGAUCAUCAAUGUCACCAACGCGGGCGUGCUGCUGGCCAUGGGGUUCUCGUCGCUGAUCUGGGGCCCCAUGAAUGCGUUGAUCGGGCGGCGCGUGGCGUACCUGUUGGCGAUCUCCGUGCUGUGUGGGUGUUCGGUGGGCGCGGCCGUGGCGGGCGAUAUGCGCGUGUUCACGGCGAUGAGGGUGUUGGGUGGGUUGACCGGUACGGGGUUUAUGGUGACGGGCCAAACGGUUUUGGCGGAUUGUUGGGAGCCUACGGUCCGAGGUACCGCAGUUGGCUUCUUCAUGGCAGGCACAGUCGCCGGACCAGCCAUUGGCCCCUGCAUCGGCGGCAUCAUCGUCACCUUCGCCAGCUGGCGCAACAUCUACUGGGUGCAAGUCGCCAUGACCGGCUUCGGGCUCGUGCUGGCCAUCCUCUUCGUCCCGGAGCUGUCGUCGGUUGACGCCAAAAAGUCCAUCACCCUCGAGGAAAAAGCCCCUGCGCGCCGUUCUCCCUCCGAGCAAUUCAAGCACAUCCUGCAGGCCUUCAACCCGAUGCGCGUCUUCAAACUCUGGAUCUAUCCGAACAUCUUCCUAGCUGACCUCACCUGCGGCCUCCUCUCGACCUUCCAAUACGCGAUCCUCACUUCCGCCCGCUCCAUCUUCAACCCGCGCUUCCACCUCUCCUCCGCUUUGGUCAGUGGCCUCUUCUACCUCGCCCCCGGCGCCGGGUUCCUGGUCGGCAGCAUCGUCGGCGGCCGCCUCAGCGACCGCACCGUGAAGCGCUACAUCGCGAAACGCAACGGCACGCGCCUCCCGCAGGACCGGCUGAACAGCGGCCUGAUCACCCUGCUGGGGGUGCUCCCGGCCGGCGCGUUGGUGUAUGGGUGGACCCUCCAGGAGGGCAAAGGCGGGAUGGCGGUGCCGAUCAUCGCGGCGUUCUUCGGGGGCUGCGGCCUCAUGGGCAGCUUCAAUGGGCUGAACACCUACGCGGCAGAGGCGCUGCCGCAUCGGCGGUCCGAGGUGAUCAGUGGGAAGUACAUCAUCCAAUAUCUGUUUUCGGCGGGGAGUAGCGCCGCGGUGGAUCCGCUGAUCGGGGCCAUUGGGGUUGGGUGGACGUUUACGAUUUGCGUCUUCUUUUCGAUCUUCGGGGGCGUGUUGGUGAUGCUGAUUACAAGGUGGGGGCUGGAUAUGCAGCGGUGGGUGCAGAGGAGGGUUGGGGCGGAUCCGUGAUUACUCCAAGUGGGUAAUGAGGU